GAACAGGAAGUGAAACUUUUUUUUUCUUCUACCCUCCGCUUGGAAACAUUCUCUCUCACACACACUGGAUGAUUCCUGAAAUAGAGAUUUUCUGAGAGAAAAACAUCAGGCACCUCAGACACUUCACGGCAGUAGACGCAGACGGAGUCUCCCCGGAUGUUGAGCCAUGUGGAGAAUACGGACCGCGGUGAUUCUCUGCGUGUGGUGCUGCAGUGUGCAGGUGAGCUGCCAGGUGGCAGUGCUCCGCGUGUCCGGCGGCGGCGCUGCAGGCGCCCAGAAGGCCUACUGCCUGGUGUUUAACUCCUCGUGGACGCCCCUUCCCGAGUCUCUCAGUGACGCUGUGCCAUACAACUUGGUGAACCUGACCUCCAGUGACCUCUGCAGCGCCAGGGAACUGCCCCCACUGGACCUGAGGAACAAAGCCGUUGUGGUGAUGAGAGGCAACUGCUCCUUCAGCGCCAAGGCCCUGAAUGCCCAAAGCCUCGGUGCCAAGGCCAUACUUAUUGCCAGCACUAAAGACAUAUCAACCCCAUCGGCAAAUAGCACUGAGUACGGGAAGGUCAACAUCUCCCUGGCCCUCAUCAGGUAUAAGGAUGUACUGGAUGCACAAGAGACGCUGGGCAACAACAUCUCGGUCAGGUUGUACGCUCCCCCUGAGCCCGUGUUUGACGCCAGCAUUGUGGUCCUGCUGCUCAUCGGCGUCCUGACUGUUGCCCUGGGAGGCUACUGGAGCGGUGCUGAAGAAAGGAAUAAGAUGUCUUCAGAGGCUUACCUGGGGGAAGGUGGGCAGAGAGCGGAGAGUGGUGAUGUGUUCCUGUACUCCCCUGCGAAGGUGGUUGUAUUCGUCAUUCUGAUGUGCUUGAUGCUCGUUUUACUCUACUUCUUCUAUGCCUACCUUGUGUACGUCAUUAUCGCUAUAUUCUGCCUGGCGUCCGCAGUGGCCCUGUACAGCUGCCUGGACGUGCUGGUGCGGAGGUUACCCUGUGGCAGAUGCAGUUUUACCUGUCGGGGCAAGGAGUGUUCGGUGAUCUCGCUCCUCCUGGCAGCGUUCUGUGUUGCAGUCGCUGUGAUCUGGGUGAUCUACAGGAAUGAAGACAGAUGGAUUUGGACUUUACAGGACCUGUUAGGAAUUGCAUUCUGUCUUAAUUUUAUGAAGACAAUAUCUGUUUCUAAUUUCAAGAUUUGUGUCAUACUUCUGAGUUUGCUGCUGCUCUAUGAUGUCUUCUUUGUCUUCAUCACUCCCUUUUUUACACCAAACGGAGAGAGCAUCAUGGUGCAGGUUGCACUGGGCCCCGAAACCACAGGUGAAAAGAGUGACGGAAACAUGGUGGACAUCCCCGUGGAGCCCACAGGUCAUUCUGAGAAACUGCCCGUCGUAAUGCGAGUUCCUAGAUUCUUCUCCCCAACCCAGGGCCUCUGUGGAUUGCAGUUUUCCAUCCUGGGCUAUGGUGACAUCAUCGUGCCAGGCUUGCUGGUGGCUUACUGCCACAGGUUUGAUGUGUGGACCAACAGCCCCAAGAGGAUUUAUUUCUUGUCCUGCACAAUAGCCUAUCUCGUUGGCAUGAUCGUGACGUUCACGGUCAUGAUUGUGUCCAAGAUGGGCCAGCCAGCGCUGCUGUAUCUAGUGCCCUUUACCCUCCUCACCAGUGCUGUGGUGGCCUGGAGGAGGAAACAGAUGAGACAGUUCUGGGCUGGAACCACAUAUGAAGUAUUGGACUCCACAAGGGAACCUUUAUUACCAGAUGGAGAACCAGAAUACAGCAACGGAGGAAGAAAAUGUUGACUUCCAUUAAGAUUGUAAAGGGGUUUAAUUUUUUUACGUUUUUGUAUUUAACUCAACGUGGUGAUUCACGGUUAUGCAGAGUUCCUUGAUAUUAAUAAUGAUAACAAAUGCUUCAAUAGGUAUUAUGGCUUCUCCAUUUUAGGGAGAAAAUUUGAUCCAAGAUUUAAAUCUGUGGGCUUAAAAAAAAAGUAUUUGUAAAUUUGGUAAGUUUAAAUUUUAAACUUUUGCCACAUCAAAUAUUUUGUUCUGUUCAGAUUAUAUUUUGCUUAUUAUACUUCAACUUGCUUCAAUUUAAGCACAGAUUGCUGUGUUUUUUUUUUGUCUGACUGUACUAUAAAAAAAGAAACUUGUACAGCCUAUGUAUAUAAAUACUGUAUUGUGCCUGGGGUAGAAAUGGGUAAUGUAUAUAACGGAAUAAGUAGGAGACUUAUUUGAAUAACAAAUUAAUGCAUUUUUUUUUAUUUGUGCUUCAUUGAAAUUACUAAUAAGAAUGCUCUCAGAAUGGUUCUGUGGUGAAAUACAAUUUGUAUUGUACUGGAUUUCAAUAAUAAGUCUUUGCAUUUUAAAGCUGUCAAAAAAGUAAUAGAAAUUGCCUGUCAAUGUGGACUAGUGUCUUUGACCACAUCUCAAUGCAGAUCUAAGCCCUUUUUCAAUACCAGUGUGUAGAACUACUCUUAGACUUGUCCCUGGUGGCCCCACCAAAACUGUUUGGGUCUGUGGAGCUACAGCAGCAUCUGGAGAGUAGAUGCUCAGGCGUUUGUAGUUAAAAUAGGCAACACCUGGCUUUUGGGAGGACCCUGUGUCCUCCUGCAGGUCGUUUAGGUAGGUGUUGGGGUGCAGUGGUUAGGUGCACUGUAAUCCCUUUGAUGAUUGAUUACAGAAUAAUGGUUUUCUUAAAUGCAGUUAGAUUUUUAAAGAAGUGAUUGCAGCUGACACAUAGUUAACCCGGGUUUCACCUGCUGAUGAACUUUUCUGUGAUCAGACAUGGAUGGCUCUGUUACCUCGAGGAAUGUUUUUCUUAAAUUCACGCUGGUACCAGGGGCUGGGUGUUUUCAUUAGGUAUCUUCACACUCAAAUGCGUGCCUCUCGCAAAACAUCCUUUUUCCAGUUACAGCACAGAUCUUUUUCAGAUAAUUCUAUGUGGGAAAGAGGUGAUCUUGUUGUAAACUGCUGACGAGGUGCGCCCCGCACUUGAUCAGCACUCCAGCUCAGGGCUGUGUGGACUGUCUGCUCUCUGUGGUUCUGCACAGCAAUCACACUGCAUGCACGUGAGACAAGUCCCGCUGCCUUAUAAGGAAAAUAAAAACCGCUUACAGUGCCUACAGCUUUUUCAUCCUUUACCAAAAAACAUGAUCCUUGUGCCACAUUCUUUUUUUUUUUACUUUCAAAGGUUGGCCUUGUGUGUGAUGAAGUUGAUUAAGUGCUGUGCAUUUAAUGUCAUGACAGUGCAAAUUCUGCUGCAUUACCUGGUUGCUUGCAAAAUGUUUCUUCUUUCCUAUAUUUCUGCUUCCCACAGUUUCAUAUGGGAAUUUCUUCUUGCAAGAAAAUAGUGAAUUUAAAGUGUUAUCUCCUUAUUUUUCAACAAUUCAAAGGUAAUAUCCUCCUGAGGUCCCAUCUUUACUGACUCACAAGACGCUUUGAUCUUGGCACACGUCUGAGAAGCUUUUGGAAAGGCCCUGUGGUGCUGUUUUCAGGAACUGGUCUCUUAAAUCCUGUGGGUCUAUGGAGCCAGCAGACUCGUCUCCUCAGCUGGCUGCCUGCUACUCUCUAUGCUGAAUCUUCUCAAGAGCCGGGUUCUGCCUGCAUCCGGAGAAAGGAUGUAACUGCCCCAAGUCAGAUCUUUUCACAGGAUGUCCCAUUGUUUGUUGUGCUUUAAUCAUCCAUAGUGCACUGUACGUCCCCCAGUUUACCGCCUCGAGUCUAGUGGUCUGUGAUCACUGGGGUUUCCUCAAUAAGCUACUCACCCUCCCUAGUCCGGAAAAAUCAAGGAAAUAAUAAAAUACAGUGGAUUAUCAAUUCAGGCGGCACCCUAGGAGGGAAAGGGAUUUAAAAAUACUGGAACGUGGCAUUCAAGUUUUUCUUGUUGUUUUUUGCACAUUAUUUUAUUAAAUUGCGUUUUUGACUAUUG